UGCAGGACGCGGAAAGGAGUAGUAGUCGUCGGUCACAUCAUGGCAUCGGAGCGGUUACAGCUGGAGGUUGUCGGGCUCCUCAGUGAACCCUCUUUCCACGUUGCCAAAUGUGCGGCCGAGGCGCUGAAACACUCAUUUGAUGCUGAUUUUGAAGACCCAGUCUUGAAACCACUUCUUCAGUUUGCAUGGCAUGAAUAUUUAUGUACUAAGAAAAAGGAAAUUAAAGGUGAAGCUUGGGAAUUUACAUCCCCUGUCUUGUGCUUUGCUAAUGGACAGUUUAUAGGUGAUGAAAAUGCCCUCAAGAUGUGGGCUAAUGAAACGUGGGGCUACAAAGACUACAGACCCGUGCCACUGUACAAGGCUUUGGCCGAGGACUUUUACACCAAGUACCUGAUAAGUACUAAGCAUUUGUUGGUAUACCUUGACAUUGCAAUUCAGGAUAAACCAAUAGGGAGAUUACUCUUUGAGUUAUUUUCAGAUAUAUGCCCAAAAACAUGCAAAAACUUCCAGUACUUGUGCUCUGGUGAAUCUGGAGAUUCUCAGAAUGGCUUGAAAUUGCAUUACAAAGGUUCUCUAUUCCACCGCAUAGUGAAAAAUGGCUGGAUACAAGGGGGAGAUAUAGCAUCUGGAAAAGGAAAUGGAGGAGAAUCUAUUUUUGGAAAUACAUUUGAAGACGAAAAUUAUGCAGUUCCUCACAAUAAGCGGGGAAUUCUUGGUAUGGCCAACAAGGGAAGACAUUCCAAUGGUUCCCAAUUCUAUAUCACUCUACAGGCUACUCCAUACAUGGAUACAAAACUUGUUGCAUUUGGACAACUGAUUGAAGGUAGUGAAGUGCUACAGAAAAUGGAGGACAUCCCAACAUACAAUGAGAGACCAAAAGUGGACUGCACGAUUGUGGACUGUGGCAUUUUCACCCCUUGACGAUUAAAUAUUUGCUAUGACUUAAAAGACAAACUCUACACUAACAUUAUGUUACAUAGUAAACACAUUAAUCUGUCUGAUUUUUUUGUCACAAAAGUGUUGGAUGAAGAAGGUGCCCUUGAUUUCGCAUAUCUGGAUUUCAGCAAAACCUUUGAUAAAGAGCUGAUAAACUAUUAAAAAAUGCCCUUAAUCCCUGGAUUGUUUAGUCGAUUUGCAGUGGGAUUGAGGUUAUAUUUCAGAGUGUGGUAGGUAAAGAGGACCCAUCACUGGUUUUGAAAAAAGUGAACCACACACCUCCCCUAAAUGGUCAGCCAGUGAAGCCUAACUAGAGUCAUUCUGCAAUGACUGUGGUUUCGCUAAAUAAGGCAUAUCUUACAU